AUGGACAUGUUCCUGCAAUUUCUGUGCAUUCCAUUCCUACUUAUCCUCCUCAAGCACGCAAUUGCUCCGCCUCAAGAGAGGGAUUUGGCCAACAAGAAGAAGAUUCCGCUAGAACUGGACAUUGUUGAGAAGCCUGCAAGUAGGAUAACUGCGACUCCAUCGAGAAAGCACCCAAACGGAACCCACUAUUCCGUAAAGUCUGCCAGCAGACACACCCACAUUAUCGGCGAUGUGACCGAGUGCACGGCAGUUAUCCUACCAGGAAAUCCAAGGCACAUGAGCAGAUUCGUCCUUGUGGUUCCCAGGGAGGACGGCUCAAAGUAUGUGAGAGUAGUGACAAGGAAACGGGAUGACGGCAGGUACGUGAACAAAAUUAAAGAGUUUGUGAAAAAGCCAGACUACGAGUGGUACGCCAGAAUUAAAAGAGAUCAGGUAGAGAUUGAACUAUUGACUCAAAAGAAUGACAACAUCAUUUGCGUGGAGAAGGACCCAGAGACGGGAGUGGAAACGUUUACAGUGAGACCUGAAAUGUCAGAUCACGUUACAAUCGGAACUGUGGAGUACAGCGGAUUUGUAGUCAACCAAAGCGUCUCUGGACUAAUGAGCAGGAAGGUGACGCUCGAAAAGGGAGACAAUUGCUGUUACGUGGGAAUAGAGUCAUACUACGUUGACUGCGUCUCAUAUGUACUAAAGUACAAGAUCAAUUUCGCUGACCUGGAAUACCCAAUCCUCGUAGAAUCGAGAAAGAAAAUGAUGGAGUUUUUAGAGUGA